CCCGGCCUGGAUGUUAGUGCUGAGUGUUGCCUCCCAGAUAGUGAAGUCGCAAUCACCUAAGAUGGAAGCCUUGGGUCUGCCUGGGUCCCUGCUGCCGCUGUGGUCACUCUCCCCGCCCCUGCCCGUGCUGCAGCCCUCAGCCCCGACCUCACCCUCAUGAACUGCUCUGACGUGAAGGAUCACUUGGUCAACAUGCUGCUGAAUAGUGGAAAGUGUGACGGUGGUGGCGGACAAGAUCGCUGGCCCUUUCCACCUUGGCCAUCCACCUCUACCACGAGUUGGCCCACCAAACACUCCACACCAAGGUUAACAAGGCCAUCAAUGUGCUCCAGGCAUACCUCAAGAGCCCAUCCAGCGCUGGGCCCGGCCACUGCAAGCCUUGUUGGGUCAAUGUGUGGGAAAUCAGCCAAGGUGGAGUUUGAGUCGGUCGGCCUCAACCAUGAGGGCUGUGUGAGCGGCAGGCUGGCCGUGAGCCUUCCUGGGAGUGCUGGGCGGCCUGGUGCCCCGGCUGAAGGCAAGCGGCCUCCCUGAGACACCCAAAGACUGGCUGACACAAGAUCUUGUGCUGGUACUGGUGUCUGAAGGCUGUGCAGUGGUGCGGACACAGGCUCAGAGUGCCCAGGUGGACCAAGAUGCUGGUAAGUGUUGCAGCUGACAGAUUACUGACAAGGGAACAGGCAGGGAAUAUAAACAAAACAGACAUGGUAGUUAUAAGUGUGGCCAGUGUCGCCUCUUCUUAUUCUU